UUUUUCCUCCUAUGCAAUCACCAGUAGCUGUUUGACUCCCAUUCUGUAUUCUUUUGAAGCAGCCUGCAUUGCAAAUCAAUAUCUUUCUGAGGAGUCUGUGUUGUGAAUUGCCUGGACAGCAUAUGCACGCUUACUUUGGCUGCAAUGCUGCUGCAGCGCCCGGUUACUCUGCCUUCCUGGGAACUCCACAGGCAAGUCCAUCGUGUUUGCAGGAAAAAAUAAAAAAGAGGAUUUUUUUUUGGAGGGGGGACUGAACUGUUAAAGCUGUUGAUACUGGAUAUUAUUAUGUUCUUUGUGCUCUUCUGAAACCAUUUUUUUUGGUUUUACUCCACGAGAUCAGCUUCUUAUAAGUGAUUUUCUGGAUUUUUUUUCUUUUGCUUGUGCUUCCCCCUUUCUUGGUUGUAGUACGGCCAUACCAUUUCAGCUUGCUAGUGCAGAAAGAUGUGAAUUUUGUUGCUGUACGAGGCUGGCCUGGUGCAAGCACGUUGCUAGAGAUAUGUUAAAGAGUUCCAGGUGAAUCAAGCCUGAGGGAGACAACAGCAGAACGAUAUGUGUCACAAAGAUGUCUACACGGAACUGCCAGGGAAUGGACUCAGUGAUCAAACACCUGGAUACAAUUCCUGAGGAUAAAAAAGUCAGGGUUCAGAGGACACAGAGCACUUUUGACCCAUUUGAGAAACCAACUAAUCAAGUUAAAAGGGUGCAUUCGGAGAACAAUGCUUGCAUUAACUUUAAGUCCUCCUCUGCUGGCAAAGAGUCACCUAAAGUUAGACGCCACUCCAGCCCCAGCUCGCCAACAAGUCCCAAGUUUGGAAAGGCUGACUCAUAUGAAAAACUGGAAAAACUAGGGGAAGGAUCUUAUGCUACAGUCUACAAAGGGAAAAGCAAGGUAAAUGGGAAAUUGGUCGCCCUGAAGGUAAUCAGGCUGCAAGAAGAAGAAGGUACACCUUUCACAGCAAUCAGGGAAGCUUCUCUACUCAAAGGACUAAAACAUGCUAACAUAGUGUUGCUUCAUGAUAUCAUCCACACCAAGGAGACACUGACACUUGUCUUUGAAUAUGUGCACACUGAUUUAUGUCAGUACAUGGACAAGCACCCUGGGGGACUCCAUCCAGAUAAUGUGAAGUUGUUUUUAUUUCAGUUGCUGCGAGGGCUGUCUUACAUCCACCAGCGUUAUAUUUUGCACAGAGACCUGAAGCCACAGAACCUUCUGAUCAGUGACACGGGGGAGUUAAAGCUGGCAGAUUUUGGUCUUGCAAGAGCAAAAUCUGUUCCUAGUCAUACAUACUCCAAUGAAGUGGUUACCUUGUGGUACAGACCUCCAGAUGUUCUACUGGGUUCCACAGAAUAUUCCACCUGCCUGGACAUGUGGGGAGUUGGCUGCAUCUUUGUUGAGAUGAUUCAAGGAGUUGCUGCUUUUCCAGGAAUGAAGGACAUUCAGGACCAACUUGAACGAAUAUUUCUGGUUCUUGGAACACCAAAUGAGGACACAUGGCCUGGAGUUCAUUCUUUACCACAUUUUAAGCCAGAACGUUUUACCCUGUACAGCUCUAAAAACCUCAGACAAGCAUGGAAUAAGCUCAGCUAUGUGAAUCAUGCGGAGGAUCUGGCCUCUAAGCUCCUCCAGUGUUCUCCCAAAAACAGACUAUCAGCACAGGCCGCCUUGAACCACGAGUAUUUCAGUGACCUGCCCCCACGGCUAUGGGAACUGACAGACAUGUCUUCUAUUUUUACGGUCCCAAAUGUGAAAUUGCAACCAGAAACUGGAGAGAGCUUGCGUGCCUUUGGGAAAAACAAUAGUUAUGGCAAAAGUCUAUCAAACAGCAAGCACUGAGGAGCACAGCAUUCUCAAGAGAGCACAGGAUUAAGUUGUCAUCAUUGGGGAAAGAAACAAAACAUUAAUGAAGUGCCCAUUAAUGUGAAGGGAAUCAUGGAUCGGUUUCCUUUCGCUCCCUGUGGUGGAUUUCACUUACAAGAAAAUUGAAGCUGGCAAGACCCUGUUUUCUCUGCAAUUCAUUUAAAACCUUGCACGCAUUUGGAUACCUUGUGAUUUCCAAGAACUAUGUGAAGAUUAAGCUUUGCUUACUGAUACAUGGCAUGUAUUCUUUUCAGUCUUUUGUGUUUGAUUUUGUUUGAUUUCCCUCUGCAGCACAGCUUCUCUGUAAAGGUUUUUAUGUUUUUGCCAGCCAUGUCUUAAAUACAUUAAGACAACACAUUUGGUGUUCACACUUCUUCAGUAAUGUCUGUACUUGAAAGCCACACAGUGGCAUAAAACAAUAUGUGUUUUCUUUGAGAGCUGUGCAUAUUUUGCACCCACUAAGGAAGGACCUUUUUCACUACAGCAAAACCCAUGUUCUCUGACUGACUGAGACAACAGGGUCCCAGACUGUGGAGCCCCACCUGUCGCUUACCUUUUGAGGAAUUUGCAAAAUGUGGGGGUUUUUUAUUUCUUGGAAAUAACCACACAUUUAUAUAUAGGAUAUUGAAAUUUGCUUAGCAUUUUCAAGCCACAUGUAACAUGACUGUCUUCAGAGCAGUUUGGAAAUGAAGAAAAUACAUACUAAGCAUCAAGAACAAAGUGCUAUACAGCAUAGUUUUCAACCUCGAGAAAUACAGGAAACUUUUUACAUGGAUUCUGGGUCUUGUUAACAUUUUUUUUUUGCUAUCUACUCUGUUAACACUUUGUUUUUUAUAUGGAGAAAAGAGUGAGGAACAAAUUGUUUAAAAACUUGGGUGUAAAAGAUUCGAAUCAUAUUUCACAGUAACUCUGAAUACAGUCUUGAAUGAUUAACACUUAAAAGCAAAGGAUUAAUUUAUCCAGAGUUAAAGGUUUGCUCACUUACAACACAGCACCUUUGAUUACAUUUUUACAAAACAUUCCAACCUGAUUGGAAGGUAUCAUUGAUUACCCAACUUUAAAUCAGUCUUCUGGAAUAGCUGUUCAAAUGUAGGUUUUAGGAACAAGGCAGGAAUCUUGCCUUAAAGACAGAAAUGGGAAAAAGGAGAGCCCAGCUCCUCUUGUCUAAGGAGUCCAGAGGCCUUGGAGGAUGAAGUUGAGCCUGUGGCACCGUGGAAAGGGCACUGACAUUGAGCAUUUCCAUCUGGAGGGGAGCUGCCUGGUGGAAGCUGGCUACCAUGGGCCAGCCUCAUUGGAAAUCCCAGUAUUACUGGGGUCAUGAAGCAGUUUUUUUAAAAAACUUCAUCUACUGCAUGCACAAUUCCCACAGAAAUACCUUUGUGUCCAUUACUUCGCAUUUUCGUAUUUGUUAGCAAGCGGGAGCAAUGACAAGCUUGAAAUAUGUCACACUUUCAGGAUCAAGAAUAGGAAUUUUCCUAUCAUUUAUGAUCUCUCUUGACAAGGGUUUUCUGAGAAUCAGGUCUGGGGAAACUGCUCUCUGGUCAAACCCAUUACACAGAGAAGUGAACCCAGAAUUCCUCUCUUUAAAAUGAUACUGUCUGUGGAGUGAGAUGUGAGUGCAUAUUCCAGGUCAAAACCCAGCCUAACCAGAUGCCCUGUGCAUUGUAAACUCACAGAGGCUAAUAAGCAAGGAAUUAUUUACUAGUUGGUUUUUAAAGAAAGCAAACAAAACCCAAGACUAGAAUGUUUACUCUUUCUCAUUCCUCUUCCAUACAUUCCAAUCCAUGCAAGUCCUUAGAGCUAUUUUGAUUUAAAGUAUACUUAAAUUAGGAUUUCUUGUAGUAAACAUGAGGAGAAAACUGUCUAUGUAAUAAGAAACGGCCUUCCCUGUUGCUUAUUUUGAAUCUUUUGCUCAUUUGGAGAAGCAUAAUGCUUGUGGUUUACAAAGUUUAAAUCAAGAGUUUGUUGAUUAAACCUUGCUGCUUAAUAAGGCUUCUAAUUUGAAAAUAGUUAAGGCUGAAAGACUUCAAUUAGUAAUGUGAGGGUAAUAAGAGAUCUGUGCCCUUGUCGUAGACAACUUCUCUUGGGAAAUAAAACAUAGCAUAGGAAUUAAGGCUAUGACAGAGGCAUGCUCUCAGAUCCCCAUCCUUGUCAUCCAUACAGGAAAUCCUAAGGUUGGUUUGACCCCUUCCUUUCCUCUCCUUUUUGUGGUCACAGUCCUCCCCUCCCCUGCUUUUCUCUCCUAUCCUCUCUGAGGGGAGUCAUGAAAAUCAAUAUAGGCUAUGUUCAUUAACAGAUUAACUAUACUGGAAUGUAUAAGAAAAAAGGAAGCACUGGAAUGUUUGUGAGAUUAUUUUUGUAUGAAGGAGUCACUUGAGGUCCAAGAGCUGGUAGGAAUAGCAUGAACACCUCAGCCCAGUGACUGUAUACACAUGACCAUGCACAUGUGCACACAAUAUGCAGGAAGGAGACACCGGAACUUAAUCUCCAUUUCAUUAAAGGAUAGGUUUGAUUGAAGUAGUUUUCGAUAAAAACAUGGAGGACAUAAAACUGGGGUUGCUGUCUACCUAUGAUGCAUGGGUUAGAAGCUGCUUCUCCCUCCCAAGAAUGAUCAGAGAGGACUUUGCAAAGGAGCCUCCAAAGCUUCGCAGAGAUCAAGGCUCAAUAUCCUUCCUCAGUGUGUAUAGGACAGCCAAUGUAAUCAGUACCCUAGGUAUGUGUUCAUAUGAUUCUCAUCUGUGAAUAUUACUGGGUUUGUAAUCUUUGUUAUAUAAGAGGAUGUUUAGGCUGUACAUAUUGGGGUAGAUUGUUGCCUGCCCCUUAUACAUAGGAAUAUGCUGCAUUACUGUGUGUAACGUCCAUCUCCUUUACUGGCUUAUGGGCAGAAGAAACUGUGUGUUACUGCCUCACAAUGUUCUCAUACGUCAGAAUAAAACCUUUCAAAUCUCCAAUAAAAUAAGCAAUUACCUAUUGCCAUUCCCCUUCUCACAGCAGCAUAUAUAAAAUCUACAUUCUUUGUUUGGAAGUGAACUUUGCCCUUUUUUGUCUUUUUUGGUGUGUAUGAUGCACUGAGAUGCAUACUUUCUAAUGAGGUUGGUACCUAAGAAAUGUGCUAGCAUCCCUCAGACAACUAUUAUACUUAAAAAGGACACCUAGUAAGGAGAAUGGAAUACUACGUGUUGCGUAUUUGUUUAACACUUGUAAUUUGUCUGUAUUAUGAAGGAUGUAAUGGUUCGUCAGCUGUCACUGUUUUAUUGUAACAUGAUAUGGAAUAAAGUAUAGCAGACUCUC